AUGGCAGACCGAUUCCCAUCACUCGAGGAGUUUGACUCCGGUGCACAAACAGAAGCUCAAGGCUCUUCCGGCUUUGAGGGAGAUGAUUUCCUGAGUCGCGAGAAGGCGCUCUUGGGUGACGACGCAGACCAGUUCGCUACCGGCAAUGACAACUCAGCGUUCGUUGAGGAUGGAGAAGAUGACUUGCUCGGAGGUGGUGGUGCCAGCGGUGGUAAUGAGGAGGUCACCGAGUUCGAGAGCUCAUUCCCAUCAAUCGAUACACAAAACGAGGGCGUCGCACCAGGCGGCAGCAUCACCAACACCGGCCCCUUCCAAUCCCAACAACCAUCCUACUACGCACCUCACGCCGCAGACGAAGAAGAGCCCGAGGUGAUCAAGCAAUGGCGCGAGCGCCGGGAUCUCGCCCUGCAAGACCGCGAGGCCCGAUCCGCCGAGCGCAAACAGGAGACCGUCAAGGCCGCCCAGCAGAACAUCGACGACUUCUAUGAGAACUACAACUCCAAGAAGGAGAAGAGCAUUGCUGCGACCCGCCGCGAGGCAGAGCAGUUCUUGGAGAGUCGCGAGGAUACGUCUGCAGGUGGAACGAGCUGGGAACGGAUUGCGAAGCUGGUUGAUUUGAGUGGGAAGGGUGCGAGCGGCGGUGCGAGUGGGAGUGAGAAGGCGAGAUUCAGGGAACUUUUGAUGAGUUUGAAGAAGGAUGAGAAGGCGCCGGGUGCUACGGGCUAUUGA